AUGGCACCAUCCCGAAUCGGUUCGCCGAACCCCAGUUUUCGAGAGGAACCAACGAGUUCCGAUAAAUAUAGCGGACCCCCACGAAAUGUUGCUACUAUCAAAAAUAUCCAAUUUGACUCAUCUCUCCAGCCGAAAAACUACGAAAUACUAGGUACUCACCCUGAGUCUAAGCUCCUCUUUCUCGACGUGAAUAUCCUUGAUUCCACUGGACGUGACCCAUACCGUGGCGAUGUGUUGAUUGAAGGUGAAAGGAUCAGUGAAGUGGGAGUUGUAGAGAAUGUUGAGGAAUUGAGGAAGGACCAUAGAGUCCGCGUGUUCAAUGGUCGCGGAAGGACGCUGAUGAGUGGGUUGGGAGAUUCCCACACACAUUUGUCGUGGAAUGGAGGGGAUUUGAAUAGGUUAGGAGACUUGGGAGUCGAGGAACAUGUGCUUUUGACGGCAAGGAGUGCACAGUGUUACCUUGAUUCUGGUUACACAAUGUGUUUUGGUGCAGCAUCAGCAAAGGAACGACUCGACGUAGUUAUUCGAGAUGCUAUCAAUGCAGGUGACAUUCCAGGGCCGAGAUAUCUUGCCAAUGCCUAUGCCGAUGGACCUGAGGAAAUGAGAGAGGUGAUCAGACAUCAUGUCAAAAUCGGUGUAGAUCAAGUCAAAUUAAGUAUGAGUGGAGAAGAGAUUACUGAAACAAGAUCGGCACAAGAUUGCUACUAUACCGACGACGAAACAGCAGCUUGCGUAGAUGAAGCGCACAGCUUGGGUGCAAGACUUUGUGCUCAUGCAAGGGCACGCGACUCGGCCAAGAUGUGUAUCAGACAUGGCGUCGAUGUCAUAUAUCACGCAUCCUACAUUGAUGAUGAGGGAAUGGAGAUGCUAGAUGCAAAAAAAGACAAGCACAUCGUAGCACCUGCCUUGAACUGGCUUAUAGCCACCCUAAAUGACGCCGCUGCGUUUGGCUUUACGCACCAAAAAGCUGAGUCCGUUGGCUAUCAAAAAGAGCUUGAUGCAGCGAUCCGGGGUCUCCGUGAGAUGCACAAGCGUGGAAUCGUCAUUCUCCCUGGUGGGGACUAUGGAUUCGCGUGGACACCACAUGGUACCUACGCACGGGAUCUGGCGCACUUUGUCAACCUGCUUGACUUCACGCCCAUGGAAUCAAUAAUCGCGGCGACAGCGGGGGUCGCAAAACUGUUUAUGAGGGAUCAUGAGCUGGGUAAGAUUCAAGCUGGCUUUUACGGAGAUUGUAUUCUGGUCGAUGGGAAUCCGUUAGAAGAUAUUACCAUUUUACAAGAUCACGAUCGAUUAAAUGUCAUUACAAUCAACGGACGGGUACACAAAGCGGAGGAAGGAAUAUGUGGCCCCACCAAUUGCGGGCCAGAAUGGAAAUUCUCACCCUAUUGUGCCAGAUUUCCCGGAGUUAAAGGUCUCGAUGCAGAAGAAUUAUUAGGAGAGUAUUAUUCCGAUCGAACACAACUUGAUGAUUGCUUGAUAUUGCAAAACUGA